GCAUUAUCAUCACAGGCUUUGGUAAAUUGUGAAGGCCAUAUGACCCAGAGGUUAAUGGUCACCUUGGCUGAUUUGCAAAGGUACCGUUUCGUUCCUUUUUGCUGACAAUGUGUAGUACAGUCUUCCAUGUGUUCAACUGACUCACAUGUGAAAGUAGUUCUGAUCUACACAUGAUAAAUGGCAGUUAGGUGAUAAAUGCUAUCUACACGUCCAUCUACAGUUUCACAAAAUGUUACAAAUGGUGAUCGUGUGUUUCCUGAAAAGUACCUCGCUUCUAUUUCGGGUUGUCAAGCAGGAUUUCAUUCAUCGAACCAUAUGCGGGACCAGACAUCAUCUAAUAGCGAUAUUCAUUCUGGAUUACAUGCGUAUUCAGAGAGCAUUUCGAGAAACUAUGUUUCUUCCUACUUGGAUUCAAAUCUAGCUAGUGAGACUGACUCCCUACCUUAUGCGCUAUCUUGUCCGGAUAUGGUGAUUAUCGUGCAUUUGAGAAUGCUAACAGUGACCACUCAGUUAGAUUGUUCGGUAGUCAGUUCUUGACAUCAUGCCCACCAGCUAUUCCUGAAGUGCAAUCUGAUGUAUCUCAUGAUGAACAUGUUCCACAUCCCUGUAGCUGCUUUUGCACAUUCUGCGCACCAAUCUUACCAAAAACUUACUGCACUGAUGUAUGCUGUCCCAAAUUAAAUUGUCUGGUUUCAACUGACUCAUUAUGCAAACCUGAUGCAUUUUUCUGUUUAUUGUUUACGAGGCGAUGCAAAUGUCGUCUGUUCUCUUUUCCACGCCAUAGAGUAACUAAUGAAAAUCUUAUAAUUCUAAGCAUAAUUCAGUUGUUAUGUGGCUUUGCAGCUAUCGUUCUUUCAAGCGUUGCUUUCACUAAGGCUGUCUUCUUGUAUCAGAUAGCUACAGGGCUAUGGGCUGGUUUACUGAUGGUGAUUACAGGAUUUCAUGGUCUCUUUGCAGCUCGUCGUCCCGUAGUAUGUGCAUUAAUAGGUCUACUUGUACUUUGUAUGAUGGUGAGUUUAGCUGCUUGUGUUUUAAUCUGCGUUUCUGUGGCUGGGAUAAUAGAAGAUGGAUUUCUUGGCAAUACUGGUGCUCGAAAAGCGUUUCCACGUGAAAUCAUAAGUAUUUCAUCAGGAUUCCGUGAAAACACAACUUAUCAAAAACACGGGCAAAAAUCUACUGUGAUAACCCUGACACCUAGAACUGCAGGUUGGUCUGAGUUUGACCAAGUACAGCUUUUGGAUUUCAAAAAUGUUCUUAGUGAAACGUCGGAUUCCUACUUGCGAACAUGUCAAAUUAUCUUGCAUCUUCUUUUACUGUUAGUGGGUAUUCUUGAAGCCUCAGUGAGUCUUGCAACAUCUAUCCUUUGUUGUCGAUGUGUCUGUUCGACCUCCCCUAAUUUUCGAUUUCAGAAUUCACGUUCGUUGCGUACAAAUAUAGUCUCAUUCAAUGCAGCUACAGCUAAUCAGGCAGCUUCCGUGCUCCGAUCAGGUGCUAUAAAUGAUUUUGUUGGCAGUGGAAAUGUGUUAUUAGCACUAGAUACAGAUGUACCGAUACAGCGUGAAAUAACCAAUAGCAGCAGUGAAGCAGCUCGUAAACCACAGAUUCACCAUACAUUGAUUCCAUUUCUUUCUGACUUGAAUCGCCAUUCGUUGAUUCUGACACAAGCAGGUAAUGGCACUGUAGCUUUAUCUGCGGCUCGUGCAGCCGCCAAUCUUGUAGAUACCAGGAGACUCGAAACACCAGAUCGAACAUCUGUUUCCCGGUCUUCUAAUAACGAACAGUCGUCAGCUCAACGGCCUCAUACUCUUAGCAGAACUAUGAUUCAUCGUCUUAGAGGAUGCCGUCUCGGUCGUUCUAGUGAAUCUCGUCCGCGGCUCUUGUACACAACUCUUCAAAUUCCUGCAAAUCUGUCUAGUGACUCUGACUCUUUCCCCAACCCACCCCCGUUUUCACCAACUGCUACUAUUGUUUAUGUGAUGCCUUCACCUACACAUGAAGAGCCUCCGAUGAUAUUUCCACCAUUUCCUCCCAGCUACAGUGAGUCACAGAGGAGGUCUUUGAAUACUCCUAUCAGUCGUGUUCAACGGAACCAAUGUAUGGCACUACAGUCCCAUCAACCCCGUCGACACAGGAGACGUUCGGCUCGGUAUGGAAUUUCUCAUCCUCGAUUUCAUCCAUCUGUUGGUUCACAUUUAUCACGGCUUUUUUGUCGAUAUAACUCAUGUCGGCUUGACCCAUUGUGGACUACUAAUACUUCCCGACGUUCUAGAGCAACAUACCAUCUAUCUAGAACUGCCGCUUCUCCAAUUUCUGUUGGUGAUCGGUUGAUCCAGCCAGUUCUUAUAAUUGGAGACCCAGUGACAGUCAGACUUGCAGAAGAUCCGCCUCCAAAAUAUUCUCGAUAAAUCCUAGUUUUUCAUCCCACUAUUAUUUGUAAAGAUUGUGCAAAUCUACCGCAUUCCUGUUCAGUCUAUUACUCCUUUGAGUCAGCAUUUCUUGAUCUGAAAAAGUUUGUGAUUAUACAUUUGCCACAACUAGUCUAUUUUGUUUUGCCUUUUCAAUAUCUCAAAGUCCGUUGCUACCUUCAAGUUCAACUGCAUAUAAGUUUCUAUUUAAACAAGAUUAUUACUGGUCAAUAUUUUAGUUAUUUUUGAAAUUGUUUGGUUGUUUCAUAGCUUUAUUGUUAUCUCAAAAGUGGAUAUUACCUCUAAUUUAUAUGUUGGUAUAACAUCUUAAACUGAAGUUUUUGGUUUUCUGUGCAGCCAGGAAAUUAAUGGGAUU